AUGUCCGGCCCCUACGAUCAACAAGUUGCUUUCUCUCAAGGCUACGACCACAACAACCAAUACUACAACCAGAAUUCUUACCCCAGCGAAGGCUUCUCGGGCUCAUAUCAACCGCAAACAUACCAUAACUCUCAGAGCUACUACCCCGACACCCGUGGCUCUUCCUAUCCCGAUAACACCUACCAACAAGGCGGCUCCAAUACCUCCUACUACAACAACAGCAACACCACCACCACCACCAACCCACAAGGCGCUGAGGCAGAUCGUGGACUGCUCGGUGCAGCCGCCGGUGGCGCUGCCGGUGCUUUCGGUGGCCACAAGGCAGGCCACGGUGUCUUGGGUGCGAUCGGCGGAGCCAUUCUCGGUUCGCUGACCGAGGACUAUGCAAAGAAACACAGGAAACACGACAACAGGCAAAGUAGACACAACAGGCAUAACCACGGCCAUCGCGACGACAGCAGCAGUUAUGCGGGCGGCAAUAGUCAGAACUUUGCCUCGGGCGGUCUGGGUUCGGUGGCCAGCAGCUUCUUCAACAAGAAGUAA